UAAGGGUCUUUCCUUGUUCUUCUUCACGGAGAAGAACUAAGAAGCUUCAUUUCUCUGCAAAAGUGGGUCAUCAAAAACACGUAAGCCUCAAAAUUUGAGAGAUAGAUUUUGCGAUGGAUAAAAGAAUUUCAGACCAUUCAACUCCUCUCUUAACAAACAAGGAUGAAAUUCCUCCAGUAACCUUCGUUAGAAAAUUAUGGGAAGAAAAUAAAAUGGUAUGGCACAUAGCUGGACCAUCCAUUUUAAUUUCAAUCUUUCAAUACUCUAUGGCUUUCGUUACUCAAACUUUGAUUGGUCAUAUUGGCACUCUUGAACUUGCUGCUGUUGGUCUUCAAAACUUAGUCGUCUCUGGUAUAAGCUUUGGGGUCAUGCUAGGGAUGGCAACAGCCUUGGAAACAUUAUGUGGACAAGCGUAUGGAGCAGGGAAAAUGAGAAUGUUAGGGAUUUACUUACAAAGAUCAUGGCUGAUUUUACUUGGAACAUCAAUACCACUAACCUUAAUCUCUAUAUUUGCAACACCAUUAUUAUCAUUGUUAGACCAAAAUAGGGAUAUUGCAGAAGUGGCCGGUACAUAUUCAAUAUGGAUGAUACCCCAAUUGUUUAUGUAUGCAUUGAAUUUUCCGAUGCAAAGAUUUUUACAAGCUCAAAGUAAAGUAUGGGCAAUGGCAUGUAUUUCAUUCCGGGUGUUAGCAUUUCAUAUACCAUUAAGUUGGUUUUGCAUCAUGAAAUGGGGUUUAGCCGGAGCAGCUGGUUCUUUAAAUCUUGCAUGGGUGUUACUUGUGAUUCUUCAGUACGCUUAUAUUGCCUCGGGACACUGCAAAGAUUCUUGGAGUGGGUUUUCAUGGUUGGAUUUUUAUGAUUUGCUUGGAUUCCUUCGGUUGUCUUUGGCUUCAGCCGUCAUGCUCUGCUUGGAAUAUUGGUAUUUGAUGAACUUGAUUGUACUUGCGGGAUUACUUAAAAAUGCUAAAAUCGAAGUUGAUGCUGCCUCCAUUUGUAUGAAUAUUGAAGGAUGGAUAUUCAUGGUACCGCUAGGUUUUAUUGCUGCCGUCAGUGUAAGGGUCUCGAACGAAUUGGGAGCCGGAAAUGCAGCAGCUGCAAAAUUCUCUGUUUGGGUUACAGUCUCAAUUGCUUUAGUCACACAAAUUGCUUUUGCUCUCCUAAUUUUUUUCACAAGAAACAACUUUCCGAAACUAUUUACAAAUAACAAGGAUGUUAUGAAACACGUUAGUGAGUUAGCUGAGUUUUUAUGUGUGACAAUCUUCCUGAGCAGCAUCCAACCCAUUUUAUCAGAAUCAACAGGCAUGGCCGUCGGAGCUGGUUGGCAAGGUUCUGUGGCCUAUAUAAACAUCGCAACCUACUAUCUUAUUGGGUUGCCCGCUGGUAUAUAUAUGGGACUCAUAUUGGAUUAUGGUCUAGAGGGACUUUGGGGUGGCGUAAUAGUUGGAGUUGGUCUUCAAACAAUCAUUCUGUUGAUAAUGGCUUGGCGUACGGACUGGGACAAAGAGAUAUAAUCAUUGAAAGAGAGAAUUACAGAUGUCGUAGGUUCAGAUGAGGAAGACACGCAGUUCCGUCGAAACAUUAUUUUUUGAGCUACUUUCUGUUUCUUUAUUUUUUACUGUUACUUUUUGCUUUAAUUAUAGCUAGAAGAUUUCCCUGCUUUUCCACUUAUUUAUCAUGGUGAUUAUUCAUGAAAAUCAACUUGAAUAUGUAAACUUACGCAUUAGUAUGUUCAAUAUAUUCUGAUACUAGGGUUUAAU